AAUGUUGGAAUUUGUACAUAUGCAAUUUAAGCAUAUAUAUAUCAGCAUAGCUGUUAGAAGGACUGUGUAGAUCACAAUGUCAGCGCCAUUGAUACAGGGGUCCGGAAAUCCCCCGCUGGUGCCCAUUGACCCUGUCGGUGCCUCAGCCAUUCCUCUUUUGCUCCCAUUAGGCCUCGCUACGGUGUGUGGAGUCAUGUUUUUGUCAGGUACCAGCAUUAUUACGAUGAAUGCGAGGAAACUAGAGGAUGUUGAAAGCAAUUUACUCACCAAGUUACUGGAAUGCCAAGAUGAGGCUAAGAAGCGAGAAAUGGAAAAAAGCAGUUUAAGAAAUUCAUUGUCGGAGUGUGAAAAAGAGAACAAUAGGUUAAAGAACGAGUUAGAGGAAGCAAAAAGACCUGAACAAAGGACGAUAAUAAUCUGCGAGUCUGAUGACGGGGAAAUCCGCUGUGAAAGCCCCAAAACACUCAAAAUUGAGUCCGCCAUUUUUGGUCGCACCGAACCUGAAGCUGUUGUGUGUCCAUUUACUGGAACAAGUCUGGACAAUACAAACUGCCGAUUAGACGUGCGUGACCAGUUAUCCGGCAGUUGUGAUGGUGAAACCCGCUGUCCUAUUCCGACUGAACUGCAAGACUUUCCUGGCGCUGCGGAUCCUUGUGUGGGAACGUACAAAUACGUUGAGGUUACUUACACCUGUUCUUAAGUAGUGAAUCUACAGUAUGUAAGAACAUGAGAGGAAGUUUCUCUAAAUAAAACAUUUUUGUGUGUUUCCCUA